AUGAAGAAGUUUCAAACUAUGACAUUCGCUAAAUGCCGAUCUGUUAUUUCUUUUCAAUACAAGACCUAUGAUUCUACUUUUGUAUCGGUGAAGAGUGUGAGACUUGGGUUUUAUUUACAUUCCUACAUUUGACUUUCAUCCACACAUUGAAUUAUCUUCUUGCAGAGCUCUCAAUGUACUAGGUUUAGUCAAGCGAAUAGCCUCUGAAUUUAGGCUUGAGUAUUCUUUAAAAUCUCUUUAUUGUUCCUUAGUUCGAUCUAUUAUUGAAUAUGAACCCGUGUUAUGGGAUACUCACACAGCGUCAAGCUACUUACAACUAAAGCGCAUCCAAAGAUGCUUCUUAUCAUUCGCUUUUUAUGUUCUGAAGAUUGGUCAUGCCCCAGAUGACUAUUUUCCUGUCCUUAGCGUACUCAACUUCACAUUACUGGCUAAUAGAAGAGCAGCUGCAAAUUUAUCAUUUCUACAUAAACUCUUAGAUGGUUCAAUAAAUGCUUAA